AUGAAGAUGUCAACAACAGGGCCUGACGAUAACGAUGAGGAACAGGAUGAGAAAGAAACGUACUAUAAUCGAAUGCCUAACGAUAGUAAUCGUUCUUCGAGAUCACAUAAGGAAUCGACAGAGGAACGUAGGCCCUCACCCACACCAUCGCCUUCAAAUGUACGCGAGUGGAACUGUCGAUAUUGUGGGUAUCUGAACGGAGAUGAACAUGUCGAAUGCGAGACAUGUCACGCUGGUAAACGACCUCCUCAGUAUCACGAAAAUGCUGGAAAAAGUUAUUUCCAACUACACUCCUCUCCACUAUCACCGCCGCAUGAAGAAGACACAUAUCGUCGAUCACCUUCACGAAGUCCAUCGCCAAUUCGUCCGCAUUACUCAGCACAUGAUCAAUCUCCCCGUCAUUCUCCUACGCUAACUAGAUCCCGUCGCGAUUCAUCGCAUUUACCUUCAACUGAAGAUGAUAAUCAUUAUGGUCAGUCAUCAAAGGUAGUCGAACAAAAACAACAUCAAACAAAAAAACUACACGGAACUUCUGCCACUCGAAACCGUAACAAAUCUCGUUCACGCUCGCCUUCUCCACCGGAAAGCUAUCACAAACCAUCUUGCGAUGACACUGAUCACGUGCACGGUUCUUAUCGAUCAUCACGAUCCUCUAUCGAACAAAAGCAAUCAGCCACAGGCAAAGAUCAAGCACGUGAUUACUCCAAACUAUCGACUGUUUCACCACCUCUUUCAUCAAAAACUUCAGAACCAAAUGAUGCCAUAGUUGCAUACAUACCCGAUUUACCGCCAGAAAUCGACGACAAUCACAAACUGGAGGAUAUGAUUCGUCAAUGUUUAAAACGCAAGCAUAAACAAGAAGUGAUCAAUAUAAAAUGCAAUACACAAUUAGGUCUCGGCAUAGUUUAUCUGCAAAAUAACCAAGAAAAAGAUCAUUUAAUUAAUGUACUGAAAUCAAUUAUACUGGAUUCAGAAGAUGAUACCAUAAUUAAAUUUGUAUCGGAUCUUGAUCUUAUUUCUUAUGUUGUUAUUGAAUCGACUAAUGAUAAAAAUCUUCCAUCUCCCGAAGAUGUGGCUCAACGAUGGGUAAAAUUGUACAAAGUUAGUCGUCCACUCAUAUGUGAACCACUUUCCGUUCAAUUUCCGAAUAUAUUUCGAAUGGUCUCGGAUUCCUUGGAUGAACUUAUCAAAGCAAUGACAGUAAAAGAAUUUUCGAUUAGUGGUCAAAUUGCAACGGUCUAUUUUCGAGCUGAUUGUUGUUUUUUCGAAGAUUUAGCUCGCAAUACGAAUGCAGAUCGACUACGACAUGCUAUUACUAAUCAACUUUCUCAAAAGAAUAUCUCCAAAGCGUCACUUUACAUUCAAUAUAACAAAGAGGCAGCCAACGCUGUUAUAUUAACAUCCGGUAGGGCUCGAAAGUGGGCCUUAUUCGAUUCUAUCGAUUUGGAUGGACGAAUAAUUAUAAAGAAAAACAGACUUGCCUGUCGUCUUGUGGUGCGCCCUGUACCGAAAGAUUUUCCCGUUUCUCUCAUUCAAAAUCACAAGGUUUUUGAUGGUACUGUGGUCAAGGCCAUACCUAAGGACGAUCGUCUCAUUCUCGAACUUUCGAAUAAAAGCGUGUAUGAAAAGUGUGUUGAUCAAGGCGCGUUACGUGUUCGCGAUCAAGCUAUGUACAUGGAGGUCUAUACAUUUUCCAGCAAUCCUGAAGAUAGUGAAAUCGAUGCCGAAAAUUGGUACGAAAUGGAGAUGUGUGAUCACAAACCGAAUAUUAUGCCGUUUAUUUCCAAUCCACAACAUCCGAUCUUUCGAUUCAAAUGGAAUCCUCAGGCAUUUAUAGAACAAUUUGGACGCUGUGCUACGAUUGAUCGUGAAAACAUUAAAACUGAGCGCGACCGCCGUAUGACAGACACCAACCAAACACGGCAUUUGUUGCGAAUGACAGUAAUGUUGAAUACCAUCGGUGUAGUGUGGAAAGGAAGUUAUCGCUCGGCUGAACAUGAAUUAAAGCUGAAACAGGAUCGACUAAAAACAAUUGUAUACGAUCAUCGUUCAAAGUUAGAGCGUGGUGUAACGCGAUCAUUAUCGGCAGCGACCACCUUUCCAUACGCCUCCACUUUGAUCGAAGUAGUCAACGAAGAUUGUCUAUAUGUUUAUCAGCAAUUAGUCGCCCAGAAACGUCGACCUGUGCUUCUUAAUAUGGCAAAUGCCGACUCGGCAGGCGGCGGUUAUCGUCGAGGUGAUGGAGCUCAAGAAGAGACUCUUUUUCGGCGUUCAGAUUACUUCCGAAGUCUUGACAUGGGUCUAGACGGCGGGAAACCAACUAAUCGUUUUUUUUGUAAUUCGAACUGUGAAUUAGAUCCAUUGUCUGAACGACAAAGAAUGUAUCCGAUGGACGAAUUUGGAGCAAUCUAUACAUCGGGACUGACCGUCUUUCGUCAGGAUGAAGAUACUGGCUAUGCCUUCAUGAGUGAACCGUUAUUUGAUGUUUGUGCUAUUGCAAUGGCUGCCUAUAGAGAUCCAAAAGUCGAAAAUAAUCAUCUGAUCUCGAAAUUUUCUAUUGGUAUGCGCAAGAAAAUUGAGAAUAUCUUUGCCAUUGCUUAUCAUCACAAACAUGAUUGUCUCGUUCUAUCUGCUUUGGGCUGUGGUGCUUUCAAAAAUCCUCCUAAACACAUUGCAGCCAUUUUCAAAUCGGUUGCCGAACAAUAUGCCGGAUUUUUCAAGAGCAUCUAUUUUGCUAUUGUUGACGAUCACAAUACUGGUCUGCAAUUUAAUCCACAAGGAAACUAUCGUCCAUUUAAACAAUUACUCGAUGGUAAUGAAUUAAAACCAAAAGAACACAAAAUGCAAGAUAUGAUGAUUGGACCUUGGAAAAUUUUGAAUAUGCCAAGUCAUCAACAGGCUACUUUGAGUGAUGUAAGAAUUUCUUAUCUAACACCAUGUUAUCACGGAGGAAAAUGUAAUGAUCUACAAAAUGCGCAACAUUGUCGUGAAUAUUCACAUCCAUCACUUUGCCCAUCAACAGGCAGUGCAACACCCUGCAAAUUGUUGAACGAUGAAGAUCAUAUGCUCUGGUUUAUUCAUCGAACGACAUGUCCGUAUGGUGGUGAAUGUAGAUUAUUGCUGGAGGAUGCAACACAUUCAAAUGGAUUUGAACAUCCACAAUUUUGUCGCGAAGGUGGUCGAUGUGAUAAUCUGAACCCGGAGCAUUUGAAAGCUUUCCGACAUGUUCCUCUAUGCAAGCACGGUGUGUUGUGCCUUGAUUUCAAUAAAGGAACGAACAGUCAUUGUCGAGAGUAUCGCCAUUGCAAACCGGUAUGUCGUCACGCUCAUUUUUGUGUUCGUUUUCAUGAUCAAAAACACACUACUGAAGAAAGUCAUCCAUUUCCACCACCUUGUCCGUUUACUCCAUUUCAUUGUCGACAACAUGCUUUGUUAUCGGAAUCAACCAAUAUUCGAGCACUUCCGGCUGAUGUUCAAAAUCAUUGUCUUCGAUUUUCACAUAUAUGUCGAUUCGGUCGUCAGUGCCAUGAGCCAUUCGAGUUACAUUGGGAAAGAACGAUUCACAUCGCACGUAACAUUUGUCCCUAUGGAGAUAAAUGCACGAAAAUCACUCAAGAAGAUCAUUUAAACUCGUUUGCUCAUCCAAACAUCGCAGAUAUUCGUCAUUUGUGCGUCCGAGCGGCUUAUGAGUGUCGAGAUCGCCGAAAGCCUGAUCACAUAGUACGUUGUCGACACGGUGGCAACUACGAUCGUAGUGGUGUCAUUCGUUACUUUGGACUGAAUACAGAGCCAAAUUUUGUGGAAAAUCAAAAGAAUAUUAUAGCAGCAAUCGAGGAAUAUGCUAAAAAGCCAUUGUCCAUUUCACCAGAAAUUCCUAAAUGGAUUCGAGGAUUACAACCUGUUCAUCGAUGUGGAAAAUUAAUUUUUGAAUCCAUACUCGUUCACGGUCAUGUAAUGUCACGUGAACAUAUGGAACAUUUGAAGAAACCUCAUUUUGUCGCUCAAGCUGUUCAGCAACAUAAACGUGUUCGAUCAAUUUUCGAUCGUCACAAGACUCAAACGAUCGAAGAUCAGGCAAAAGAAUAUAUCAAAGCAAUUGUUGCUGUUGAAUACGACAAGAAAGUCAUUCAACCUUCAUUGGUAACAACUGGAACAGCGUCAUCGGUCGCUCAAGACGAAUAUAACUCAACUAUUCGUAUGAAAGAAAAAAUUCUAAGCACUAUCCUAAGUCCAGAAGAAGUCGACGUUAUUCGUCGAUGUGCCAUGGAAAUUGCUGAAGCUUCAUUGAAACUUCACGCUAAUCCAGCAGGAAUUGGAUAUCUACCAGACAAAGCAUUGGGCACCGACAGACAUGUUUUUAGUAUUCUUGGUCCAAAUCUUGGUCAUUAUUAUGGAGAUAUUUUUCUUAUCUUUAAGAGUGAAUUAAUGCAUCAUCCAGAUGCAAACUUUUCCAGUCAAGCAGCAACUGCAUUUGCAAGUGGAAAUGUUUUCAAACAUCAACCGUGGCUCAAAGAUCCGAAUACCAUCGACGGACGAGUCAAACAGUUUCAUGAAUCGAAACUGCACUGCUCGGUACCCGGAUAUGAAUACGCAGCAGCAGCAGCAAUAAUAGGUUUAACAGGAACAAAGAAAAAACUCUCAGAUGUCGAUCUGAAAGCAAUCCAAAAAUACUGGACAAGUGUUGACUCACAUCAAGUGUUCGAAGGACAUUUACCUCAAUUGAUUCCUCUUGAUUAUAUCGAAGAAGUGUACAUUCCUAAAAAUCUAUUUACAUCUCUUACACCAGCAGCUCAAGAAUCAGCUAAAAUUGUGUUUCGUGACUCAUUGCACAUCACACAUCACGAAAUCGACUUGGGUCAUGCAGACGGUGGAGGAGCGAAUCCGUCGGACAAAGUUCGUUUGAACUAUCAGAAUUAUGUGACUGAGAAGCUGAUCACCAAAUUCGAUGAACGCAUUGAACGUUCACCACACUUUCGUGGUAAUGCAAUCACAGUCGCACCGAGCCAAUUCACAGAUCAUAUCGUUUUGCCUUUGACCAUCUCACAAGCUGCCGAACAAUAUCUUUCGAAACAUAAAAAGCAUUCGUCUGAUGAUACGUAUAUUUAUUGGCAAUCGAUGUACGGUGAUAUGAUGAUCACAUUGGCAGAUGAACCGAUUGAUCCUGAUGCAAAACAGCCAAAUAUUCGAUGUCUCGUUUCUUAUAUAGCCGAGAGACCAUCCUCAACAACAAGUGAUUAUCACGAAUCGUAUUCCUACUUGAACUGUGGUGCACCAUAUCGACAUGCCAUUGUUCAAAGCUGUCGUACCUUUGCCAGUAGUUCAAAUAUCUUUCAUCGUGGCUGCAAUACGGACGAUUUUUUGAGUUAUUGUCUGCAUAUUCAACGAAAAACCGGACAAGUAACACUGUCCCAUGUCGGACCAAACAGUAUCUAUAACUGUGAAACGAUUUCAUACAAAUUUCCAAAAUCAAUUCUUAAUUUAAACAAAUUGGAUUAUAUUCAUGUGAGUGCUGGCUCGCAAAAAGUACCCAUUCGGAAUUUAGUCAUCUGCUUUGAGCCGGUGCCGGAUUUACAUCCAUCAUUCGAUAAAGAAUUUAAAAGAGGUGACGCUCCUUUUCCUGGUAUGAAGAAAUUCUCUACUGCUGAACAUACUCGAUCUGCAACCACUACGCCUCCAAGCGACGACAAAUCUUCAUCGUUCUUAUCUCAAAUAAAGAAUAAAGUCUAUGAUUUCCUUGGUGCUGGAUCUGGCCAGGAAACCACAUCAACAAAACUGGUUCGAUGUCCUAAUUCAGUCAAUUGUCUCCUUCAAGACGACAACGAACACAUUAAAAAAUAUUCUCAUCCUUGCCAAUAUGCUGAAUUGUGUCGAAAGAAAAAUGAUGAGCCUCAUCUGACACAUGAUGCUCAUGUAGGAGAUCACUGUUCAAUGAAUCAAUCGUGUAAAAGACUCGACGAUCCUAUACAUCGUGCAAAGAAUCGACACACCGGUAUGCCUGACUUUCUCAUUCCGUGUCGUGACCAACGACAAUGUCAAAACAAGUCAUACGAACAUCGAAUCAAAUUUUCACACGGUGAACAUGUAGAAAUAAUCGCUAGAACAGAAAAACACGCUACGUCUGACAAGGCAUCAUCGUCAAUUCCGACAUAUCAUCAGCAACAACAGCAGCAGGAGAGAACGACAGGCUACGGACAACAAAGUGAACGAACUUCUUGUCGACAUGGAUUGAAAUGCCACGAUAUUCAUGAUGCACAUCAUUGUUCAACGUAUUCGCAUCCAGGUCAACAAGAAUUCAGUUCUUUUAUUGACGAAAGUCAACAGCGAACACCGUGCCGUCAUGGUUUUGGCUGUCGUGAUAAACACGAUGCUCGUCACUGCUCACGGUAUUCGCAUCCGGAUGAAUAUAGGACUCAUUCUUCGCAUGUUGAUCAAGAUCAUCAGCGUAAAGCAUGUCGUCACGGUUUAGGUUGUCGUGAUAAACACGACGUUCAUCACUGCUCACAGUAUUCGCAUCCUGAUGAACAACACCAUCGAUCUGGACGGUCUGACCAUCAGCAAAAAAUACCAUGCAGACAUGGCACGCGAUGUCGAGAUACUGGUGAUUCCCGUCAUUGUUCCAAAUACUCGCAUCCUAACUAG